CUCCUGAGCCAGAGCAGUUGAGGGAAGGAGGCCUUCUGGUUUGCUUCCAAGUGAAACAGGACUCUGUUUUCCUUUGUUCCUAGGUUCAUCCGGAAUUGUACGUUGACAAAUCAAGGGGAGAUAAACUGAAGAUCAAUCUAGACGUGAUUUUUCCACAUAUGCCUUGUGCUUAUCUGAGCAUCGAUGCCAUGGAUGUAGCAGGAGAGCAGCAGCUGGAUGUAGAGCACAAUCUGUUUAAACAACGUUUGGAUAAAGCUGGCAAUCGUGUGACUCCAGAGGCCGAGAGACACGAGCUGGGGAAAGAAGAAGAAAAAGUGUUUGAUCCAAAUUCUUUGGAUGCCGAUCGCUGCGAGAGCUGUUAUGGGGCAGAGUCAGAGGACAUUCGGUGUUGUAAUACUUGUGACGAUGUCAGAGAAGCAUACAGGCGGCGAGGCUGGGCCUUCAAGAACCCGGAUAGCAUAGAGCAGUGCAAGAGGGAAGGGUUUAGCCAGAAAAUGCAAGAGCAGAAGAACGAGGGCUGCCAAGUGUAUGGUUUCCUAGAGGUCAACAAGGUAGCUGGAAAUUUCCACUUUGCACCAGGAAAAAGUUUCCAACAGUCUCAUGUACAUGUGCACACUGUUGAGAUUCACGAUCUGCAGAGCUUUGGACUUGAUAAUAUCAAUAUGACGCACCAUAUCAAACAUCUCUCAUUUGGAAGGGAUUAUCCAGGCAUUGUGAACCCUCUGGAUGGGACAGACGUCACUGCCCAUCAAGCUUCCAUGAUGUUUCAGUAUUUUGUCAAAGUGGUCCCCACGGUGUAUAUGAAAGUAGAUGGUGAAGUGGUAAGGACUAACCAGUUUUCAGUUACACGACAUGAGAAGAUAGCCAACGGGCUACUAGGAGACCAGGGUCUGCCUGGUGUAUUUGUGCUAUAUGAACUUUCGCCCAUGAUGGUGAAGCUGACAGAGAAACACAGGUCCUUUACACACUUUCUCACGGGAGUUUGUGCCAUCGUUGGAGGCAUAUUUACAGUUGCAGGAUUCAUUGACUCCUUGAUCUAUCACUCAGCAUGUGCCAUCCAGAAGAAAAUUGAACUUGGGAAGACAAUAUAAAUAAGCAAUGACCUCACUCCACAAAAAAAAACCAAACCAAAACUCUAAGGAUAACUAAACAGAUUUUUUGAAACACAAGUGAUCUUCUGAGUGCACAAGAGAAGAGGUCUGGAAUUACCAGAUGGCCCUGACUGCUCUUACUUUACUGUCCCAUCAUUCUUUGUUUGGCAUUAAUUUGUGGAUGGAACUGCUUGAAUCUUGCUGCUAUAAAGAUUAGCCAUCUUGUCUGGCUGUGCAGACCCUACUGUAAAAACCCUUUUGUGUUAGUCCAUGUUCAUCCAGGUCUGCUCCCCUCCCCAGAAGAGAUGCUGGAGAUACUGCA